AUGAGCCCCGAGAAGAGCGAAACCGGUCGUGGACUGUCGAAGAGUUUUCAGCAACCUUCUGUAACAGUCCUUCGAGGCCUAGCUACCAUGUCACCAGAAGGAGGCGCGAGAGCUGAGACACUGACGGGCCAUCCAAGCCUCGACAGGAGUAGCAGAGAAGCGAAGGUUGGGCUCGAACCAAAAACCCUCCGGUCA